GCACCUGUGAGGAAGCAGAAAGAGAUCAACACUGGGGUCGAGCUGUGAGUGACCCAAACCCACCCGUGACCAGCUGGACAUGAAUCCGUGCAUCAAUCCACGAGUGGACCUUUAGGAUCUGCGGAAGUUUGGAGUGUCAGGAUGAUGCGUUUCCUGUUGCUGUUCAGCCGUCAGGGCAAACUGCGACUGCAGAAAUGGUUCACGCCUCUCAGCGAUCGAGACAAGAAGAAGAUCAUAAGGGACGUCACCUAUCUAGUGCUGGCACGACCUCCGAAAGCCUGCAACUUCCUACAGUGGAGAGACCUAAAGAUUGUUUAUCGCCGUUAUGCGAGUCUGUAUUUCUGUUGUGGUUUGGAGCAGGGGGACAAUGAGCUCAUCUCACUGGAACUCCUGCACAGAUAUGUCGAGCUGUUGGAUCAGUAUUUUGGCAAUGUGUGUGAAUUAGACAUCAUUUUUAAUUUCGAGAAGGCGUAUUUUAUUCUGGAUGAGUUUGUCAUUGGUGGAGAGGUGCAGGAAACAUCCAAAGCGUCUGUGGCCAAAUCAUUAGAGGAGGCUGAUUCUCUUCAAGAGACGAUGGAGGAGUAUAUGAACAAACCCACAUACUGAAGAAACAUCUUCAUCUUCUCAAUCUGCACAAAAAUCCAGAACAGGACAUUCCUGCUUUGGAUGUAUUUUAUUAAUCAUUUAUAAUUGCACUGAAACAGAAACCACUUUUACUACAUUUAAGAUUGUAAGAAUGUUAUUGUUAAAUGAAACAAGUGUAUUAUUUGUAAUACAUACUCUCAAUAGGGUGAAAGUGAACAUUAGUGUUGGCCCUUUUGGUCUGACAUUUUAAUCAACCAAUCAGAUUUGAAGAACCGGUUUAGGGUCAAUUUUAGGUUUAGAUUUAGGAUUGGGAAAGGGGCUUGUAUACCAUUUUUGCUAACCUGUUUUUCCCUCUGAUUUGAGGGAUACUAUUAUUAAUGGUUAGUUUGGAUAGGGCAUAGUUCUUUGACAGGAGCAUUGAUCCAGGAAUACAUCACAACAACCAAAACACAAAAACACUGUUAAAGGAACAGUAUGUAGGAUUGUGACUAAAACUGGUACUGCAAUCACACAACUGGUGGCCAAUACACAAAAUGACAACACAAACAUCAGUUGAGGGCUGCAACUCCACUUUUUAAAUGACAAUAUCCUGGCCAGACCACUGUUGUCAGUGAUAUAAGUAUUUGAAAUGAAAAUUAUUUCUUAAUGUCUAGUGACAUAUCAGGGCCAUUUUAUUAUUAAUUUAUUUAAAUUUCUUACAUACUGUUCCUUUAAGGGUUUCUGCUCAUUUUUUGGACAUCUCUUCUUGCAAACAGUGUCUCUGAUGCAGUUUUCGAAUUGAGAAGGGACUGGGGUGGUCCAGGGGUCCCCUGGUUUUUAUUAAAAUUAAAAUAUUACAUAAAAUUCUCAUGCUGCG